UUUGGUUUCAUCGAUCUUUGGGAAAUUCAUUGAGGCGUGUAUAUAACGGGGUAAAUUGUGUAUUUCAAACAGUAUUGAUAUCCCAGUACAUACCAAACAUGAAGUGUUUAAUUAUUGGUGUAGUGAUUUGUGUCCUAAUUGCUGGUAAUUUGUCAGCACCAGUAGAAGACGAAAUUGAAACAAGAUUCGAUGAACUGAGUAGAGAAGGAGCUGUGGAAGAAGUAAAGAUCGACAAAGAAGAAGGAACGAAAUUAGAAGAAUUGGAAGAAGAUAAUGUUGUGGAAGACGCUGACAAUGAUAGUCAUACCAGAGAAAGACGAUACGUAACAUGUAUCAUAGGAAAGAUACCAAUUGAGGGAGUUCAACUUAACGACGCUGCAUGUGCUGCAAAAUGUUAUACAAAGAAGAGACCUGGCGGAUAUUGUUCGCACGGAAGGUGUCAAUGUAGAUAGGAACCAAAGAUUUUUUAUGGCAACUAAGUUUCUUUUUUAAUUGUCUAUAAUAAUAUUUUCUAUAUUUCUUUAAUGUGUUAUACGUGUUCAAAUAAAUAAAAGUAAGUUAUUACAAAAACAAAA